AUUUAGACCGAUAUUUGCGGGAUUGGGUGUACGGGGAUGCUCUAAGGGCCAAAACUACUCGUCCGACACCUCCUUCCCCAUCUAAAAAAGACCUUCUUGCCCGUCUUCCUCCAAGCUAGGGUUUCCUCUGCUGACCUCCGUCGUGCUUCCGGCCGCUACUUGCAUCUCUCCGCCCUCCAAUCAUUCCACUCCUCUAGCCUAUGAGAUAUGGCGAGCACAGCAUGCUUUGUGAUUGUCAGUAAGAAUGAUAUCCCAAUCUAUGAUGCUGAAGUUGGAUCCGCUCCAAAAAAAGAAGAUCAGGCUUAUCAGCAUCAGUUCAUUUUGCAUGCUGCAUUAGAUGUUGUUCAGGACCUUGCAUGGGCCACAAGUGCAAUGUUUCUGAAGUCAGUAGAUAGAUUCAAUGAUCUUGUGGUGUCUGUUUAUGUAACUGCUGGUCAUACUAGAUUUAUGUUGCUUCAUGAUUCACGGAGUGAAGAUGGUAUAAAAAGCUUCUUUCAGGAAGUUCACGAACUUUACAUCAAGAUAUUCCUUAAUCCACUCUACUUACCUGGUUCUCGUAUCACAUCCUCCCAUUUCAACACCAAGGUCAGGGCUCUUGCAAGGAAAUACCUGUAGCAGUGUAGCAUACGCUCAGGUGGAAGACCUUGUGAGCUCCACAUAAGUGAUUUGUUUCGGUGACCCUCUCUUUGAUCUGCCUACUUCCGACUAUUCAAUGGCCAAUAGAUCCCGAAAAUGAGCUAGUACUAUGAUGUACCAAAAUGCUGCUGAAUGGAGAGCUUUCUUUGCUUAUUUCUGAGGUAUUUCCCCUUGGCCUGCUGUAUGUUUAUUGUGCGUGGCAAAUUUAUAGAAAGACCUUGUCCCCUGCCAGCGUUUCAGCUAUAUGUUUAUCUCCUUGCUCC